AUGAGCGUUUUCUGUGGUUUCCAGAAAUUCUGCAGUGCUGGGGGCGGUGGGCGCAGCUCAGAGGUGGACAGAGCUGAACAAGCAGCUGCAGAGAGGAUAAAGGCACCACAGCUGGCACCCACCAUUUUCACUCGAAUCAUAGAGAAAUCCCUUCCUGCUGACAUUAUCUACGAGGAUGACAAGUGUUUGGCUUUCCGGGAUGUGAACCCUCAGGCUCCAAUUCAUUUCCUUGUUAUUCCUAAAUUCCAGAUCCCUGGGAUUAGCCAUGUGAAGCCCAGUGACAAAGAGUUACUGGGUCACCUUCUAGUCACUGCCAGUCACCUAGCAAAACAGGAGGGUCUGACAGAGGGCUACCGACUAGUGAUUAAUGACGGCAAGCAAGGGGCUCAGUCUGUGUAUCACCUCCACCUGCACGUGAUUGGCGGCCGUCAGAUGGGCUGGCCCCCUGGUUAGAUUUGUGGAUACUCCUGCACAGAUCGUCAGCUAUAGGGAGUCUCUAACUCAUACACAUUUUUAUUUUGUGAUUCAGAACAUGCAAUUAUAAAAAAAAGUUUCUAAUUUAUUUGCUUCUUUCUCAUGUUGUUCUUUGUUGAAAAAGCAGGGAUGUAAGCUCAGGAGUGUGCACGUGUAUGGCAGGAUAAAGUGCUGCCAUCUAAUGUUCUUGCUGAUGUAACAUUUUUGUAGAACUGCAGACACGUGCACGCGCCUGAGCUUACAUUACUGCAUUUCAACAAAGGAUAACACGAAAAGAAAGAAAGUUUGAUAAUCAAAGUAAAAUUUAUAAAGGAAGUGUAUUCUCUUA